AUGCCCACUGCGGAGGACAACCACUGGCCGUAUGGAAUCCUUGAACCCGUUGACGGCUAUGGCUAUGGUCCAACCCUUGAAGUCCCUGACCACCACGUCAUUAAUUUUGACUCUCCCGAGCGUAUCUCCCAGCCCGGGUAUGGUUUCACAGUCGAUAUACCCGAUACGCCCUUUGUGGGCGUUCUCUGGACGGACAGGGUUGCGAUGGCUGUGGGCGUGUGGAAAUACCAUAUCGCACGUCGAGCCACGCCGGAACGGCCUAUCCCCGUCUUAAAACUCCACAUGGAUGGAUGGGAAACGGCGUAUUAUGACGGUGAAGCACACAAGUGGGUUUCCGACGCCGACACUGGUAUACUCCCAGUGGCCGGUGUCGAGACCCAGCUUGGCGUCGAAGGUUAUGUCAUUGCCCUGAAAAAUCGUCAGAACAAUAGUUUCCACCGUGCAUCGACCACAUUCCCAAGGCCACCGAUGGCCCUCGCGUUACAAGGUGGCCAGUUCAACUCUGGAGCACUGACUCCUUAUUCUCCUGCUCGCGGAUGA